GAACCAUGUGGACUCAGACGUGGAGUUUUGUAGGACAGGCUUUCUUCUGGCUGCAGGGCUUGUGACAUUCAGCUCCACGUUACUUUGGUGAAGAGAGGCAGCAGGAAUAUAAAGCUACCUUCAGAUCUCUCUGUUGGAAAUCAAGGAACCUUGCACAGUAACAGAUCCUGCAGGAAAAAUGAGCGACUUACUGGACGACGGCUCUUUCAUGUUCACCUCGGAAUCUGUAGGAGAGGGACAUCCAGAUAAGAUUUGUGACCAAAUCAGUGAUGCUGUCCUGGAUGCACAUCUGAAGCAGGACCCAGAUGCCAAAGUGGCCUGUGAAACUGUAUGUAAGACCGGCAUGGUGCUGCUUUGUGGUGAGAUCACAUCUCGGGCCAACGUGGACUAUCAGAAGGUAGUGAGGGAUGCCAUCAAACAUAUUGGGUACGACAACUCUGAAAAAGGUUUCGACUAUAAGACGUGUAAUGUGCUGGUGGCCCUGGAGCAGCAGAGUCCAGACAUCGCUCAGGGGGUCCACAUUGACAGACAUGAAGAGGACAUUGGAGCAGGAGACCAGGGUCUGAUGUUCGGCUACGCCACAGAUGAAACAGAGGAGUGCAUGCCUCUCACAAUCGUCCUAGCCCACAAGCUCAACUCAAAGAUGGCUGAACUCAGGCGCAAUGGCACAGUGCCCUGGCUGCGCCCUGACUCUAAAACACAGGUGACUGUACAUUAUGAACAGAAGGAUGGAGCCGUGGUGCCUAAAAGAGUUCACACCAUCGUCAUUUCUGUCCAGCAUGAUGACGGCGUCUCUCUGGAGGAGCAGCAGAGGGUCCUGAAGGAGAAGGUUAUAAAAGCUGUGGUUCCUGCCAAAUAUUUGGAUGAUAAAACCGUGUAUCACCUCCAGCCAAGCGGACGUUUUGUCAUCGGAGGACCACAGGGUGAUGCUGGUGUUACAGGAAGAAAGAUUAUUGUAGACACAUAUGGAGGCUGGGGAGCUCAUGGCGGAGGGGCCUUCUCUGGGAAAGACUUCUCAAAAGUGGACCGCUCUGCUGCCUACGCCGCUCGCUGGGUAGCCAAAUCUUUGGUCAAAGCCAAACUGUGCAGGAGAGUUCUGGUUCAGGUGUCUUAUGCUAUUGGUGUGGCCCAUCCUCUGUCCAUCUCCUUGUUUACAUACGGCUCCUCCAAGAAAACAGAGUCUGAACUGCUCAAGAUUGUCAACAAGAACUUUGAUCUGCGCCCAGGAGUCAUUGUCAGGGAUCUGCAGCUGAAGAGGCCCAUCUACCAGCAGACGGCUGCUUACGGCCACUUCGGACGACCAGAGUUUUCCUGGGAGGUUCCUAAAAAGCUUGUCUUUUAAAAACUCCACCUUCCUCGUCCUGAUUAACCAUCUUCUAGAGUGACCAUGAUGCCUGUUUAUGGACCGUAAUGUCCGACUCAUUCAGGUGCAUAACCCAUUCAGACCAGCCUUUUAAAACCUUCAGAAUCCAUUUUAGCUCCUUUGGACAAUAUUGAAAUUAUUGAAAACUUCUGCAGAGGAUUAACCUCUUGCUUUUCUACUGUGUAUUAGCUGAGUUAAGUGCCUAAUGUCUGAAUGGGUUACUAAAACCAAAGUUAGGAAAACUUUGAAUUUGCUUAAGGACAGUUCAAGUGGUAGGAGAUUCUUUCAUGGGAUCAACUUUAAAAUGUAAGGGUGGUCCAAAGUCAAUUAUAAAGCCUGUUUCACAACAAACAAAUAAUCUAAAGAUUUCUACAACUACCUGAGAAAUAUAUAUAUUUUUUUAAGCUGGCAGUCUAUUGCAAUGAAAACACCUCAGAUGUUCAGCGUAACUAGGUGUUCUAAAAAGCCACAACAUGGUUUUCAUUGGAUUAAUGUCACAAACCAACCAAGUGAGGUUGCUCUUGUUGUUACUGUGCCUCUGUGAUAACUACAGUGUUGUCUCUGAGUCGGGUUUGUGAUGCUUGCAGCAGGAAGCCGUUUGUACUGCUACUGUACAAUCAGCAUUAUACAACAAAGGAAAUCAUUAAAAAAGAAUGGAGCAAGUUUAAAAAUAACACUGCAGUCUUAUAUUUUUCACAAACCCUUUUUUUUUUUUUUGCUCCAUGUGUGCCGUUAUGUCAUAACUUUAAAUGGAAAGUGUCUGUUUCAAAAAAACUCCACUAGCUUGGAUGUUCUAUUUGUGAUUUCUUCUGAGGGUUAUACAGCUUAGGAAAUUAUUAGACAACCUAACCUGGUCUUGGGAGUGUUUGUGGCACACAGAGCUAAAGCUUAAUUAUUUAGCAGAACAGCAAUAUCUUAUUUUAUUUCUAAAUCUGACCAAAUCUGCUGUGUUGCAAAUGUAAACAUCCUUCUGUUUAGACGUACAGACUGAGCUCCUGUUAGCCUGUCUGAAUGUGAAUUUUAUAAUCAUCAAAAUAUAUCACUGUUCUCACAUUCACUUGCUUACUCUGCUGCAUCAUGGCUCUAAAUCUUUGGAUUUAGAUUAAGGAGGGAGUUUAACUUGAAGACUUCUUAAAGGGCAUUCAGACAUUCUAAUUUUGAGCUUUCAUUUAUGUUUAAUCUAAUUUAAUCCCUGUGAAGCACUUCUGAAGAGACUAUAGAGGUACUGCAUGUGUGUAUCUUCCCCUGCAGCCAGUGAUGUGUAAAUAAUAGAGGUUUUCCUCUAUUUUGAGGUAUUAACCAUCGAUGUCAUCCUCUGCUUGCUUUAUGGGCAGAGAAAAUUGACUAUGUAAAUAAUCAAAGAAUAAAAGGAAUAUAAUUGUAAA